GAAAGUGUUGUAGGUAAAAAAAAAAAAAAAGAUCGGCCCGGGGCAGCCGGUGUAUCUCGAGGUGCGAUUGCCGAAAGGAAAGCGGGAGGAAGCCAGCGUUGCCCUCCGCGGCAGCUGCCGGGAGGGAAAGCGGAUUCUUUAUUUACUUGUCCCCUCUCUUCACCCCAGCGGGCGGAGGAGUUCAAACCGGAGCUGACGGCCGCGAAGAAAAGCGGCUGCAGCUGCGCGGAGGGCUGAGCGUUUCUGGAGCGAAGGCUGGCGGUGUCAAAAGAAGCCCCGCGGCGGCCGAUUUGCCUCGGAAUGAGCCCUUGAAGAGGGAAAGGGGCUGACCUGGGGAGGAGGAGGAGGAGAUGAAAGAAGGGAGCCGGCGGGGGACGGUGUCUUAACUUGUAGAUCGGAGGGGUCGCUAAGCGGAUUUGGAGCUGCUGGGGGAGAAAAGGACAGUUGGAGGGAAAUACAGUGCCUGCCCCUCACCGGCUGCCUCGCCACCUUCCACUUUAGCUUCUUUUUGAGUAUUCCAAAGAACACAAUUUCCCCCUCCGGCACCUCCAUCCCCACUUUCCACCACCCCCUCCCCGCGGCCCUCCAGCAGGUUGGCAAGCAAAAAUGGAGAGGAAGACGAAAUGAAGAGGAGGGGAAAUCCCCGGCUGGCAAAAUUCACGGCGAGCCGGACGAAUCGCGCCUCCCCGGGGAGAUCGGCGGGUUCCGACAGGGGAGUUUGGAACGCCGGAGGUGAUCUGGAUGAGGAAGAAAGGAGGAAAAUGCAGCGAGGGGAGCGCGGGAAGAGGUGGGUGAAAGACGCCCACUUCAGGUGUUUCGAAAAAUGACGGAUUGGUUUUUGACAGCUGGUGGGAACCUUGUUUGCUCGCUCGCUCGUUGGAUCUCCUCCUCCCGCUCUCUCUCUCCCCCCCUCUUUUUCCAAGCUCUCGCCCGCCGCCGCCGCCGCUGUUCGCCUCAGCGUCUCUUUCCAUUUGAUGUGAGGCUCUGAAAAACGCAGAGGAGUUGGAAGGAAAGGCGAAGGGAUAUAGUAACGCGGAGAGUUGGGCUUGCUGGCUGGCUCCUGGCUGAAAUAAAAAAUCCGAUUGCGCACUGGGUUGUGAUUGGAAAUCUAAUCAGAUCCUUGAAUCGGCGGAGAGGGAGGGUGGCGAGAGAAACCCUAAAGUUGGUUGGGGGAGAAAUAAUGUAAGAGGCUGCGCGCCCGGCUGGUGAGAAGAAGGAAUCAGAGGCACCGAGAUCAUGGGAACCCUCGAUCUGUGGUGGAAGCACAUGGAUCGGAGAAUCGAGCGGGCGGCUAAGAAAAAAGGACGCGAAGGGUCUUCCCUGGCUCCCGCUGGAUCUUAGCAGACAGACCCAAAAGAAAUCGCCUUAAACGGAGGGGCCGUGGGGUCGUUGCUGAGGCGAACUGUGGCGGCGGCGGCGGUGGGCGAGAAAAAACCCCAACCAAAACAGUCGGCAAAAUCUUUCCUUCGGGGAUUCAAAAGGAGUUAAGUAUUGGAGAGAGGGAGAGGCAAAGGAUGCGAGACCUCACCACAAGAUCCGGGCAGGAAUGAAAAGUUUCCCAACGAAGAAAGACUCUUUUCGUCGAACUGCUUGUUUUCGGUUUGGGUUUUUCCCUUCCUCGGUUUUUUUUUUUCUUUUCCCCCUUCACCUGAAGCCUGUCCCGUCCGUUUGUGCCCUGAUGAAGAAAGAAGUUGAUACAGGCAGGGACAUUUGAAAACAGCCACGUCUUAAGAGUGACGGCCGGAGAGGGGAGCGAGGAAGCCAGGAAAGAAAAAUAUCGCGUAAAGGAAGCUGGAAAAGGGGGGAAAAAAACAGCAGGCUUGGAGCUCUUUUGGACCGAACUAGAUGGAAAAUUGCAGAUGGAUAUUUAAUUUCCUAUCCUUUUUUCCUCCCAUCAAACUGGAUCUGUUGCCGAGAUGAUGUAGUUUUGCCCUUGGUGGUGGUGGUGCCUGGUUUUUUUUUUAAUUUUUUUUUUCUUUUCAAACACCCCCCCCCCUCUCUUUUCUUCUUCUUCAUUCUGGAUAUCCUUCUUUUGCUCCUGGGUGAUUUUCAAAUACAGUUAAGACUAUGAAGAAAAACUGGCACUUUGACACAAGUGGGUUGGCUUCAAUAUUGCUAGCCCCCCAAAAGAAGUCCUUUGUGUGUGUGACUCAAGCAAGUAGAAUUACUUCUAGAGUACCUGCUUUACGGGCCAGGAAUUAAGAAGGGUAAAAGAUGGACUAAGUAUUCUGACUAUUGGAACUCCUGAAGGACCAACUCCAAAUAAAUUAUGAAUGUUGAACAAGAUGAGCUUACAUCCACAGCAGAUAAUGAUAGGUCCUAGGUUUAACAGGGCCCUAUUUGACCCCUUGCUUGUGGUGCUACUGGCUCUUCAACUUCUUGUGGUUGCUGGUUUGGUCAGAGCUCAGACUUGCCCUUCUGUCUGUUCCUGUAGCAAUCAGUUUAGCAAAGUAAUUUGUGUGAGAAAGAAUCUGAGAGAGGUCCCUGAUGCUAUAUCUACUAACACUCGGUUAUUGAAUCUCCAUGAGAACCAAAUUCAAAUAAUCAAAGUAAAUAGCUUCAAACACCUGAGGCAUCUAGAAGUCUUGCAACUGAGCAGGAAUCACAUUAGAACAAUUGAAAUUGGGGCCUUCAAUGGUCUGGCUAAUCUCAAUACUCUGGAACUCUUUGACAAUCGUCUUAGCACCAUUCCUAAUGGGGCAUUUGUGUACUUGUCAAAAUUGAAGGAACUUUGGUUGCGAAACAACCCCAUUGAAAGUAUUCCUUCUUAUGCUUUUAAUAGAAUCCCUUCCCUGAGGAGGUUAGAUCUGGGGGAAUUAAAACGGCUUUCAUAUAUCUCUGAAGGUGCCUUUGAAGGUCUAUCCAAUUUGAGGUAUUUGAACCUUGCUAUGUGCAACCUUCGGGAAAUUCCUAACCUCACACCACUUGUAAAACUGGAUGAGCUAGAUCUUUCUGGGAACCACUUAACUGUUAUCAAGCCAGGGUCUUUUCAAGGAUUAAUGCACUUGCAGAAAUUGUGGCUGAUCCAAUCCCAGAUUCAGGUGAUUGAAAGGAAUGCCUUUGAUAACCUUCAGUCACUAGUAGAGAUCAAUCUGGCCCACAAUAAUCUAACACUACUGCCUCAUGACCUCUUCACACCUCUCCGUCUGGAAAGAAUCCACCUGCAUCAUAACCCUUGGAACUGCAACUGCGACAUCCUAUGGCUCAGCUGGUGGAUUAAAGACAAAGCACCCUCCAACACUGCAUGCUGUGCCCGUUGCAACACACCUCCCAGCUUGAAAGGAAGAUACAUUGGUGAGUUGGACCUAAACUACUUCACAUGCUAUGCUCCUGUGAUUGUGGAGCCACCAACAGACCUCAAUGUCACUGAAGGCAUGGCUGCUGAGCUUAAAUGCCGAGCAUCAACAUCCUUGACCUCUAUAUCUUGGAUUACUCCAAAUGGAUCUGUUAUAACACAUGGGGCUUAUAGGGUUCGGAUUUCUGUGCUCAGUGAUGGCACGUUAAACUUUACAAGGGUAACCGCGCAAGACACAGGCUUGUAUACAUGCUUGGUGAGUAACUCUGUGGGGAAUACAACAGCUUCUGCAACUCUUAAUGUAACCGCACAGGAGUGUAUUACUUAUUUUUCAACCAUCACAGUAGAAACUGUGGAACCUUCUCAGGAUGAGGCACGGACCACAGAACAGGUUUGGCCCACACCAGUUAUUGAUUGGGACACCACUAAUGCAACAACCUCUCUCACACCACAGAGCACAAGGUCAAUGGAAAAAGCAUUCACAAUUCCUGUGACAGAUUUAAGCAACGGGAUCCCAGGAAUAGAUGAGGUUAUGAAGACUACCAAAAUCAUAAUUGGUUGUUUUGUGGCAAUCACUCUUAUGGCUGCUGUGAUGUUGGUCAUUUUUUACAAAAUGAGAAAACAACAUCACCGGCAAAAUCAUCAUGCUCCAACACGGACUGUAGAAAUCAUUAAUGUGGAUGAUGAACUUACAGGUGAUACACCUAUAGAAAGUCAUUUGCCCAUGCCAGCAAUAGAGCAUGAGCACUUAAACCACUAUAACUCUUAUAAAUCUCCUUUCAACCACACAACAACAGUUAACACAAUAAAUUCCAUACACAGUUCAGUGCAUGAACCAUUAUUGAUCCGAAUGAACUCUAAAGACAAUGUACAAGAGACUCAGAUCUAAACCAUUUACAGAUUUAAGGGGGAAUUUAAAACAAAAAAAAAGACAGUUUAUUAAAAAAAAUGACACAGAUGACUGGGCUAAAUCUACUGUUUCAAAAAAAGUGUCUUUACAAAAAAAGAAAUUUAUUUAUUAAAAAUUCUAUUGUGAGCGAAAGCAGACAAAAUUAUGUGUAUUCCUCAGAACCUCUUUUUGCUGCAUUUAUUUACCCUACUCUACUGAUUUCCCUUUCCUUUCUUCUCUCCCAUACCUUCCCUUCUAUCCCAUUUGCCAUAUUUUUCAUAGAACAACUUGAUUCUCUAAAGAACUGGUCUAGGAAUUUUUGUAAGAAUUCUGUUAAUGCUUUGGGAAUUUUUAUGGUGAAUUCUAGUGGUGAGAUUCGGUCUAUUUUGUCUUUUUUCAUUUCAUUUUCUUCUCAUGCCCUUUUUGAAAUGGUUCAGAGAGGGAAUGGAUGUUAGCAGUAGAUUCACGAGAACAAUCAAGGAACAGAAACAAACAAAACAAAAUAUUUUAUUUUUCUUUUAUUUUUUCACAUUUCUGUAUUUCCUGAAGGGACAAUUCUGUGGAAGGGGGAAAAAAUCCAAGAAAUUAAUUUUCAUGUGAGCAUCUAUACAACCCAUGAUCUUUUAAACAACUCUAGAACCAGGAUUUGUAGUUCAAACACUAAAAUAAGAUUAUAAAUAAAAUAUUGUUGGUUUUUUUCUGUACUCAUUUUUAGUGUGAUGUUAAAAUGUCAAAAGAUUGUUCCACGUUUUACAUUUUUUUCAUCCAUCAUUCCAUGGCUUUCCUUCAAAAACAAACAAAAUAAUGGUAACAGAAAUAUUAUAACAACAUUUUGAAUUUUAACUGAAAGUAAUAAUACACUUUUUUUACCUAAUAACCAGCAUACCAUGCCUAAAAAUUAAUGAUCACAGACAAUAAUUCAGGAAACUGACUGGGGUUAAAUAAAUUAAAUGAAUUUAUUGAUGAAAUGAAUGAAAGUUAUCUUCACAUUUGAUCAGAAUUUUUCAUUAGAUAAAAUCACUUUGUCCCUGGAAUGUUCUAAAAAUUCUUCCUCAGAAUUUUGAUUGAACAAUUCGUUCUUGACUGGACACCAAAGGAUUUGCUACCUUGUUAACAAAAGUAUUUGUGUGGGAGCAUCCAUUUUAUAUUUAAAGGCAAGAAAAGAAAGAAAGAAAAAAAAGAGAAGGUAGGGAAGGAGGGAUGGAAGAAAGGAAGGAGAAAGAAAGAAAAGAAAGAAAAUGAAGGAAAAAAGGAAAAAAAGAAAGAAAGAAAGAAAGAAAGAAAGAAAGAAAGAAAGAAAGAAAGAAAGAAAGAAAGAUGGGAGGGAGGGAAGCAAGGAAAGGAGGAAGAGAGGAAAAGAGAGAGAGAGAGAGAGAUAUUUGAAAUGAUAUUUGCUAUCCAAAGUUCUAAAACCAUUGGUCCAAAUAAUUUGAUCCAACACUAAUUUUAACCAUGUGUUGGAAUGUGGCCUUAAUUUGUAAAUAAAGGUUAUAAUGAACCAUAAGUAUUAUUCAUCUACUUUUUCUGGCUUUGUUGGUGUCUUCUAUAGCAAGCCAAGGGCAUCAGCAAAAGGUUCAGGCUUCACCAGGCUUGUUUGAAAGUAUAUCAUUAACCUUUAGUUUUAGCCAACAUUUUGUUAGUGUUCAUGUGAAAUAAAGUUUUUAUUUAUUUAUUUUGAUUGCAUGAAAACAAAGCUGCAAAUAUGGAUGCUGUUUGCUAUUUAGCUCAACUGAAAUAUGGUUGAACAAGAUAAGCUAACAAAUAAAAUUGUGACACUGAAAAAAAUCCAGGAACAGUAGUCAACAACAGAAAUUAAUGGGGAGGGGGGGAAAUACAAUUCCCUUAAUUCUUUUUCCUUUUAUCUGACGUAAACCAAUGAUAAGUAUCAGAAAUCCAAGUGAGAGGUGGCCCUCAAGAGGAUUUUUCAAUGAUGAACUGAAUUCCUUAAUUAAAAUAAUAUGAACUGUGAUUAGAAGAUCCAUUGGAAUUGUUCUAGUCAGAAGAUCCAUUCAAGAUCAUUCCUUUCUUCGUUUUUAUGAAGGAGUAAUUAUUCUUCAGAGUUAUGACGCAGAAACUGAAAAUCAGAAACCAAGCAGACUACAAUCCAAAACAUUUCUUGUAGGUUAGACUCUCAGCCUUGACAAAGUUCUGCUUUUUAAGGAAGAGGAUCAUAAGCAGAAAAUUGGCAUCUGAUUAAACACUUAAACAGCACUGAUCUUUGUUUUCUUUUCUCCCUUUGACAAAAAUAUUAUUUGAAGGAGGGGGAAAAUAUUGAUGUCCAUAUAACUAAUAAAUUUAAAUUUGUGUUAAUAAUUAACACAAAU